CCUGUUUGCCCAUCCAGAGUUCCGCUGUCAUUGCGGUGCCCAUCAAUCAGUAGCUCGCUGUCUCUGCAUCCCAGGCGGUUUCAGUCAUAAUGCCCUUCACUGAAGAGGAAAAAAAGGUCAUCGACUUGGCUAAAUCAACCGACUUCGGCAAAGCCGACGUACGCGAUGGAGUCUCUCUAGAGACGUUCGAGACUACGUUUUAUGAUUUGCAAUCAGUGACGGUCGGGCCAUCGUCGACUGCCUACGACACCUUCGUUCACAACCUCGCUGAAUACAAAGACCAGAACUACUACGAAUCCACUGGGUGGAAGCUGCUGAGUUGGCUUCUUAAACACGAGCUGGACUUGUUCACACACGAGAUCUUGUCCGGCAAUCCCGAAUACCACGAAUUCAGGCUACCUAUUCACUCUGCUAUAUCGUUUCGAAAUGUCGAUUUUCUAGAUUGCCUCCUUGAUGUAUCCGACACAUCAGAGGAGUCCAUUGCCGAGAUCCUCGAGAGCCGCAAUAUGAAGAGGCAGACAUGCGUCCACGCCGCUGUGGAAAUGCAACUUCCGUGCGCUGUGGACAUGGUGAGAAAAUGCUCGACUGACACUCUCACGGCUACAGACAAUGCUGGCGAUAGCCUGUUGCACGUGGCCAUGAGACUCGCUCGUAAAGAUGCUCCUCCGAAGCUCAAUCUCAACCAGCAGCGGCAAGGCCAGGCUCGCAGUGAUAAGCCUCCCCGCCCCAACACAUCCGUCCCAAGAGCUCACCACAGCGACCCAUCUGUCGAGCUGAGGAGAGUACCUACUCUUGUCAAUAUACGUACUAACAAGGCUCGGUCAUUCGACCCUCACGAGCUGUACAAGGAAAUCAAAAAGAGGCUAGCGGCGUCGGUGAGCGUCUCGGAGACGACCAGCACCAGCGAUGGCAGACCCAAUAAUGCCGAGACAGGCAAUAACAAGCCCAAGACGGCGAUGGAAUUACUGAAACUACCCAAUAACUCUGGGAAGUCUCCAUUUCAAAUUCGACUUCUUCACUACUUGAGAUCGCGGGAACUCUUUGGGCCAGGUUUGCAUACGGAGAUGAAAACCGACAUUUUUGAACAGCUUUCCGACAUCUCGGACGUGAAGAAGGCACUUUAUGGGACAGAAGGGCCUGAGAAAGAGCUUUUCCUUGACAUGUCUGAUUUCAAUAAUCCGUCUCAUGACUUCAAGAGCUUCAUCGCGGACCUCACUGUGGACCUGGAAACGGCCACGACUGCAACUCCACCGGCUGAAGACGAGAACACAGAAGCAAAGCAAGGAGAGAACAUCCAGUUCGAGCAGAUUCUCUUCUACGUCUGUCUCCCUGACUUCAGAAAUCUCAAAGACUCGCCCCAUAACGAGGUCCGGCGGCUGUUUCUCUGGCUGAGGGACCGCAAGGUGAAGACAAUCAGAAGCCUGAGUAUCCCCGACAGCACAACCAAUCCCAUGAGCGAUGCCUUAGUGGGUGAAGCCAUUAUUGACAACUUUGAUAUCAAAGAGCUGGACUGGCGAAAGCUAGACAUCAAUCUCCGCAUCUUGACAGACCGAACACCUCCUGCCAAAUUCACCAAACUCACGCUAUAUUCGAGCGGCAACUGGAGCGUCCUAUAUCACUGGGCAAGCGAAGAAGGCCUGGCAAAGCUGAAGAGUCUGAAAGAGCUGACCAUAAACAUUGUCGGGUUGCCUCCUUCGAGUGAUGACGAGGCCCGCGCAAGACACAAGAGCCUCACAGAGCAGUACGCUGGAGAGUUGCACAAAAAGCUCAAUGACCUUUUCUAUCGUGGUUUCGUUCUCACGGUCGUCUUGGAUGCGGAUUGGAAUUUUCCCAUAAGCGUCUACGACCAGAAGAGUAACCCCCUAGUCGCGAAUAGUCUCAUGCUCCAUGGGCGCUUGGCCCAGUGCCAUGAGAUCCUCGAGGGAUUGGCCCGUUCCGAAAACAAAGACUUCAAAACCAACCCAGAGCGGCGCGCAUACCAAAAACUUCACAGAUGGUUCAGUACGCUGACCCAGCCGCCGCAGAGCGAGAAGCCGGACCAGCGGAUCAAGGUGGCAGUGAUAGACAACGGUGUCGACAGGAUGCGCGAGUCGGUCAAGAACAAGGUUGAAAAAGGAAUCUCCUUCGUCACCGCUGGACCAGAGAACGACGAGAGGAUCCUCCCGUGGUGGAUGGUCUCAGACCCCCACGGAACCCAGAUGGCGUCGCUGAUUGCGCAGGAGAACCCGUUCUGCCGCUUGUAUGUUGCCCGGGUAGGCAGAAAUCGCCGAGAUAUCCUCCCAGAGAAUGCUGCCAAGGCAAGAAUAGCCCCGUCCGGGAAGAGCCUUUGGACCUGGAGCGCGCUGACCACUAUUAUUCAGGCCGUGAGGUGGGCCAUCGAGCAGAAGGUGGAUAUUAUCUCCAUCAGCUGGAUAACUAAAAAGAAGUCGCCCGAGCUAGAGAGGGCCAUCGCGGACGCAGUUACAGGAGGGACUAUCGGCCGUCCUAUCCUAGUUUUCUGCUCCACCGCGGAUGAAGGCAUCUACCCAGGGAAAGUCUAUCCGGCCGACUACGAUGGUACGGUCAGCGUGGCAGCUACCGAUCGAUACGGGCACUUGCAGCCAACUGCACCGGGCCGCGUCAACGUCCUCGUCCCGGGCGACAACGUGGAAGCAGAGGGCCCGUCGUACAUGCAGAAUUUUGCCACCGGCACCGUCUCAGGCUCGUCAGUGGCGACGGCUUCCGCAGCCGGCAUUGCGUCGUUGGUCCUUCUGUUGCUGAAGACAUUCAACGAGGACGAGUGUGAGACACGCCGAGGCCACACUCCGAAGAGCAAGCUCGAGGACUACUACAAGAGCAGCGGCAUCAUGGAGGUCUUCGAAAGGAUGCAGCGGGAGAGCAAGCACACGGCCAUCCAGCUAUCCGACUUCUUUCCCGAAGAUAAGGUGGAUAUCGCUAAGCUCAGGGAGACAUGGGAACUGGGAAGGUUUCGGUCGUUGCUAAAGCCGAUAAAACUUGAAGGCUCUUAAUUUUACUAUAUUUAAUAUUAAUAUUAG